ACUGUAAUUUUGAUACCGAACAGAACCGGGCGCGAGUCGCCGGCAUCGGCAGGGGCGGUGAUCGGCCGUCGCCUGAAUAUCCAACUCCAGUUCCACCAUAUCCUCGCCGCGAUUCCUACUUCCCUGAUCGCCAUGAAGACCGACGGGCAAUUUGAUCGUAUUCUCAAGAUGCUCGAGGAGAACAAGCAAGGACUGGUUGAGAUCAAGACUACGAUGAUGGAGAUGCGCGCAACCAAGGAGGAAUUCGAAAUCUGGAAGCCCGCGGUCGACAAGAGCGUCUUCGACCUCUAGAUCGCCGUCGACUCCCUUGGUACUCGCUUCGACCAGCUCCUCUCCGAGACAACCCCAUCUUCCUCUCGCUUGGACGCAUCUACUCUGCAUUCGGCGUCAGGGCCUCAUGGUCACCGCGACGAACAAAACAACCGGGGGUCUGGAUUUGGAGUGGUAUUCACUGUUCCACAUCCACCUCCGGUCACAGGUGCGACCAAUCCCCAUACUUACUCUCAUGUUCCAUUCGAUUUGGGUGAUUCGGCACACCGUGACCAGAGUAUUCCUCCAAAUUUCCAUCAUAUUUUUCCCCAACUCACCUUUCCCCAAUUUGAUGGAUCCAACCCUAGACUAUGGGUUCGUAGAGCUGAGACAUUCUUUGAUAUGUAUUCUGUUCCUAAGAAAUAUUGGAUACACCUAGCAACCAUGAAUUUCAUAUGUUCUGCUGCUUUCUGGCUUCAGUCCAUCCAAGCCAACCUCAAGUCCUUAACCUGGGAAGAAUUAGGUGCUGCUAUGUCAUCCAGAUUUGAUCGUGAUGAGCAAAAUCAAAUCAUCCGGCAAUUCUUUCGCCAUAGACAAACUGCUUCAGUUUCUGAGUAUAUUGAAACUUUCAACGAGUUAGUGCAUCAAAUGUUAGCUCAUGACCCUACAAUUGCUUCCUCCCUAAUCUGCAAUAGGUUUAUUGAUAUUAGAGCUGUUGUAAUUGUUCAUCGACCCCAAGACUUGGAUACUGCUAGCUCUUUUGGCUCUUUUGCAGGAAGAAGUUACUGUGGACUAUUCCAACAGAACCUCCAAGCGUUCUGAGAGUCCUGCUUACUCCAGAAAAUAUUCUUCUGAAUCCAGUAAGCAAUAUGGGGUUUCAGCUUCCACACCUAUCAGAUCCCACUCUGAAGAGAAAAGGUCAGUUGAGUCUGCUAAAAAACAAAUCUCCUAUGGAUGACAAACUCCAAGCACUCAAGGCUUAUAGAAAAGCUAAGGGGUUAUGUUAUAAAUGUGGUGAAAAGUGGAAUCCUGGCCAUAAGUGCCAUUCUUCUGUUACACUUCAUGCUAUGGAGGAAGUUUGGCAACUAUGUUCUAAAACCAUUUCAUCCGAACUGGAAGAUUCAGAUUCUGGGGAAGAUUUGUGCACUGUUUCUCUGCAGGCUAUGCAUGGUGUGGAAGGAGCUAAAACAAUCAGACUCAGAGGUUUUGUGCAACACCAGGAAGCUUCUCUGUUAGUGGAUUCUGGAAGUACAACAUGUUUCAUUAAUGAAAUGUUGGCAGCUGAUAUUCCUGGUUGGAGACCACUCCCUAAACCCCUUCAUGUUACUGUGGCAAACGGAACCAUGUUGUGGUGCACUCAUGAAAUCCCUGAUCUUCUCUGGGCUAUUCAGGGUCACAGUUUCAGAACAACUUUCAAGGUUUUUCCUCUGGGCAAUUAUGAUGCUAUAUUGGGCAUGGAUUGGCUCGAGUCUUUCAGUCCUAUGCAAGUGCAUUGGAAGAGCAAGUGGCUACUCUUUGAGCACAAUAACUCCACUGUUAAGUUGCAGGGUGUAUCUCCCCAAACAAUUCUUGGACCACCAAUUUCUCCACCACAAGUGAAUGCUAUGCUUAAAAAUAAGUCCAUCCUUUACAUGGUGCAUCUUAAUGCUGUGGAAGUCACCUCACAAGCUGAGCCGACCCUCCAUCCUGACAUCCAAGCCUUGUUGUCACAGUUCUGUGACCUCUUCCAAGAACCCACUUCUGUUCCUCCUCCAAGGCUAGGUGACCAUCAGAUACCUCUCAUAGCUGGUGCACAGCCUUUUCGCUUGAGACCUUAUAGAUACAGUCCAGCUCUUAAAGAUGAGAUUGAGAAACAAGUCUCCGAGAUGCUGCAAAAAGGUUGAAUUCAACAUAGAUCUAGCCCAUUUUCCUCUCCUAUUCUGUUAGUCAAGAAGAAAACUGGUGAUUGGCGUCUCUGUGUGGAUUUCAGAAGACUCAAUGAUCUAACUGUGAAAAACAAGUACCCUCUUCCAAUUAUUGAUGAAAUUCUUGAUGAAUUAUAUGGUGCAUGCUGGUUUUCUUCAUUGGACAUGUGUUCAGGCUUCCAUCAGAUAAGGAUGAAAGACAGUGAUUCUUUUAAAACAGCAUUCCAAACUCAUAAUGGCCACUAUGAAUACAAAGUUAUGCCUUAUGGAGUCACUGGGGGGACCUGGAACAUUUCAGGGUAUCAUGAACACUAUUCUAGCUUCUCUUUUAAGAAAAUUUGUGGUUGUUUUUAUAGAUGAUAUCCUUAUCUACAGCAGAACUUGGUCUGAACAUCUGGAUCACCUCAGCUAAGUGUUUUCUAUUCUCAGGGCUCAUCAGUUUUAAGUCAAAUUAGCCAAGUGCAGUUUUGCUCAGCAAGAAUUACACUAUCUUGGUGUACAUAAAUAUCAGCGAAUGAGGUAGCUGCGCAUCAUUUCUUUCUCUCCCUGCCCCCGCGUCGUCCUGCUGGGCAACACGGGCGGCCCUCCGUCCCCCGCCUCAGACAACCGCCAUCUCUCUCCCUGCCCUCGCCGCUGCCGGAGUUGUCCGCCGGAUGUCCGGCGCGCAGCGAGGAGGGCAGCGGCGAGGCCAUCAGCUCGCCCCCCCUCCUUUCCCUCCUCUCCUAACCCCUUCCUUCCUCCACUCCUCUCUCCUCGCUGCAGCACCGUGGACAUGGCCGGCGGCUCGCUCCUCGCCGGAGAUGGCUGGAUCCGCGUGUGUGGACGCCGGAUCUGCGCUUUCCCGGGCUCAAGCACCGCGGGCGCGAGGCUGCUCCGCUUGGCAUGCCGGUGGGCGCGGCGGGCUUCGCGGCGGGCCUGCUCCUGAGCGUGACCGACGGUGGCCGCGGCUGACGCGACCAGCUUCGCGGCAGCGCUGGUGUCCAUUGACUGGCGUGGCCCAACGGUGAGGGCAGAGGCCGGUGUGGCCCGUCGGUGACAGCGGUGGUUGGCGCGGCCCGGCGAGGUCGGCUUGGCGGCACCAUCUUGCCACAGUCCGGCAGUGACGCUGGACCAGCGGCGGCGCCGGUGUCCGCAACUGGCUUCUUACCAAUGGCUGCGUGGCGACGCAGCUCGGCUCGGCUUCUUGCAGUCCUUGUGUUCUGCGCUGCGGCGCGUCGGCGCCGCCGUGGUGGUGUGCGCCGACAACGGUUUGCUCGGGCGUAUCCUAGCAUCGCCGUGGUGGCGUUGUUGGAUGCGACCGAGCAGAGGCUCGCCAGCAGCACCGUGGUGGUGGGGCUGGUGGCGCCGUCAUUUCCUUCUUGAACGCGAUGUCGAGUAUCUAGCGCGGACCGGACCUUCGUGGCAGACAAUCGGCUAUGGCUGCAGCGUUUUUCUUUCAUUCUCUUUUUCUUUUUUCCAAAAAAUAAAAAAGAAAAGAAAAAAUGUUGUUUGUGUUGGGGUGGCUCGCAUCAAGGACCCAAUCCGACCGGGCUUAGUGUGCAGAGGCUCUGGUCAACGACCCAAUCCGACAGGGCAGAAUAAGUUGAGGCCUAGGUCGAUGUCCCAAUCCGACCUAGGCUCUCAAGUUCGAGAGGAAUUGUGCGGUCUUGGUGGCCGAUGGUGGUGGUGUUGUGGUUUUGUUGUGUCCAGUCUGGAUGUAAUUCCUUCUUUUUAAUAUAAUCGGCAGCUCUCCUGUCUGGUUCGUUUCAAAAAAAAA